GCAAAUCAGGGUAAAAUCUCAGAAGAUGAAUUGAUCAAUCGCCUCAUGGGCAUAGUGGGGCACCUUGUGCAGCGUAGGACACUGAAGAGAAACAUGAAAGAAAUGGUCGAAUCGGGUAUGUGCGCUAAGCAAGAGAAGGCUGACAAGUUCCAGCAAGUGAAAACUGAGAUCUAUGAAAUGGUCAAAGCACGUCUAGACACCAAGCCCAAGGUUACUGAACAAAGGGAUGAUUCAGCACAUGAUUUUCAAGGGGGUGUCAGUAUUGAUGAUAAAACAGCCUUAAAAGGCAAAUUUGUUCUGGAUGCUCCACUGGAGGACAGGAUCUGUGAUCUAUAUGAUCUUUAUGUUGAGGGUAUGGAUGAAGACAAGGGCCCUCAGAGUCGUAAGUUAUAUGUAGAGCUUGCUGACUUGUGGCCACAAGGUUACAUGGAUAAAGUUGAAAUUCGAAAUGCCAUUUCAAGAUCGAAGGAGCGAAGAAAUUUAUUGUACCGGCAGCGCAAGGUUCGCAACGAGGAGAGAAUGAAGAGGAGAAGGAUAGCUGCUGCCGCCAAGUCACGAGAUGGCAACCCAAUGGUGGCUCAGUAUGCUACAGCACAGCAAGUUAUGCAACCGCCCGUGAAAGACGCUAGUCCAUCGAUGACAAGCACACACACCUUGUAUCCUGUUGUUAACUAUGGACAUAGCCAGGUCUGCAGAAACGCUGACAGAGUUGGUGAAGUGACCGUGGGUGCAGCAUCUGACGGCAACCGUAGUUCUUCCACGGACAUCAAGAGGAGGAAACUAGGGUCUGACGCCGCCGUGGAUCUGCAACUGCAAGCUAACCCACUGAAGGUUCCCCCGCGGUAUGUCAGCGAGAAGCAGAAGCCUGCGAAGCGUGUGGAUGAUGCAAAGGUCGGCAGUAGCAGUAGCCUUCCUCAGACGGUGCUUGCCGUUGCAGGCUAUGACCCCCAGCGGCCCGGCUACAGCUAACAAAAUCAUUUUGGUGGUGCUCCAUUGGGGAACAGAAGAAUAAAUCAUGGCCAAAGGUUGGCUUGUAACAAAGAUAGGUAGGUAGAUGUUCGAUGUGCUCGCUGCCAAUUGACUUCUGAGCAAAUUAUGAUUGAACUCUUAGCGCGUCAUCUUGACUGAGAAGGGUAUUUUCUGGCCCAUUUGUAGUUUGGAAAGAUGAAUAAUUUACAUGGUUUAGUCUGUUUCGUUUGUCA